GAGGAAACUCCUCUUACUCAUGAUUAGUCAAUCAUCUUGGGAAAGAAAGGGGGAAAAAGAAAUUAGUCUAGAAAGAACGAAUUGCAGCAUAUGUUUUAAUACGUGCGCUAAUUGAAGUUAUAACAACGACUCAAAGGAAGUUAUCUUUCUUGUUAAUUUUUAAAGGAAUAUCCCCUUGACUUCUCUUUGGAGACCUUCAACGUAUUCUAAAAUUUCAAGGUAUUUAUCUGGAGAUAGCGUGCAGAUGCCUCUCUCUCCUUUAGGUGGCUUCAAGUUGUAGAAGAUGGUACUAUUAGUUGUGAAAGACGAAACAUAAUGUUUCGUCGGUAUGAUGUUAGAACUACAGAGAAGGCUUCAUCUUCUGUCCUGAGACGAACGACCAUGCAGGCAAACUUUUAACUUGAAUGACGUUCCGGGCGUAAUUUAUCUAGUUUUGUUGGGGGAAAAUAAAGUUUUGUUUGCGAUUGUGAAAUUUAUAUUUUGGUCAAACAUAAAUGUAACUGGGCUUGCGAAUGAUUUUUUGUUUUGUUAUAUAAAGCAUUUAUAAAUCUGAAAUAUGGAUCUUUGGGUGAUAGUGGUACCUUGGUAUUAUGAGUUUCAAGUCUUAUGCUGUAGCAAUUUAGUUUCUCAUCCAUGACAUAGCUCCAAUGCUAUAAGUUCUGGAUGAGGAGUUCAACAACCUGGGUCACCAUCCAUCAUGAUGUUGAUCUUCUUAAAUAGAAGUCUGGAACACUUCUGUUAAGGAUUGAGACAAUUGAUCACUUUUAUUUUGUAUAGCAUGCAUCAUGGUGUUAGAAUCGAAUCCCUAGUACUAGCCGUUAGAAUCAUAUCCCUUAAAUCUGUAAAUUUCCUUUUCUAAAUCACCUAGAAUCACGAUACCUAAUCAUGGGGAUUCCCUGUCAUGAACUCUAUUCAAUGUAAUCAGAUUUCCAAAUAUGCUGUGAGGAAAUCUAAUCCUAUUUAUGUACCAGUUCUACUAUGGAAUAAUACAGAAAAUUUUUUGAAUCAUCAUCUCAAUUUGGUAUCAAAGCAAUGGAGAAAAGAAUGAACGGCAAAGGUUUCCCUCCCUUGUUUGGAACUCUGCCACAAAAUUGAUCAAGCCAGGGCUCGAUUCCGUCAGCCCUGAUGACUGAUUCUACUCCAUCUAGUGAGUUGAGUACCUCUGCCACUCUGGAUUCAUCAUCUUUUGCCGCAACCGGUGCCUCCACUGGCUCCACAAUGGCGCUGGAGUUCACCUUUGCAGUAGAAAAUCAACAAAUGGUGAUAGCCCUUAAGCUGAAUGGGGGCAAUUAUUUCCAAUGGUCACAAAGUGUCCUAAUGUACCUAAGAGGAUGAAGAAAGGGAAAUAUAUUAACGGUCAAGCACAACAGCCACUACCUGAUGACCCAACAUUUGACACAUGGUUCGCCGAAAACAACCAGUGGCCUGGUUAUAUAACUCUAUGACACUUGAAAUCAAUGAGGGAUAUCUACUUGCUAGGACAGCGAAGGAGACAUGGGAUGUUGCCAAAUGAACCUACUCCUUGGUUGACAACAAAGCUGCACUCUACCAACUAAAGAAACAGCUGAGGGAGCUUAAACAAGGAUCUAGUUUCGGGGAAGACGAUUGGCAAGGCUAAAGAGUGGGAUGGCUUCUACUAUUUUAGCAUGAACAAUAAGGAAAUAAGACAAGCAAUGGUUAACUACUAUACUCAUAGCAACGAUAUCUAUUGUGGCACCAUAGUAAAAUGAUAAAAGGCAGGUAGCUCGAAUUUAGUAGAGAAGAUAGAUCAUCAGAAAUUAUUGAAAUAAGGAAGAAAUUUUGAAGCCUUACAGUUUCUACAAGCUUUGAAACUGCCGAAAUUUUACUCUUAUGUAACAUCACCUGUUGGCUGAAAAUGGGAAGAAAUGACCUUGAAAAGUUUGAAGCAACCAAUAGAUUGUUCAGAAAGAGCACAAGGAGAGAAUCUUCACAAUUUCAGAUUUUAAAGAAAGGAAAUGAACAUCCUGCAUGGUUACCUGAUGGCUGGAACGUGGGUUUCAAAACCCGAAAAAGUGGUGUGCACAAGGGAGCUAUAUAUAAGUGCUUCAGUGAUCCAUUGAACAGAUUCAAAUUCUACUCCAAACCUGAGGUAUUACGGUAUCUUGAAACUAUAGAUGGCAGCAACUGCACUUUCAAGAAGGGAUGCCCUGCUAAGCAAUCUACAAGCAAUGAGUCAUCUGCCCCCAAAAGACAGAAAGUGAAGCAUUCUGCAAUCAAACAGCAGCUUUCUGCCGGCAAAGAAGUUUCUGACGGUGUCUUAGAAUUGUCAGGUGCUUGCAGCUCAAAAGAAGGGCAAAAUAUGAAGGUGUCUGCCGAAUUUAUGGUUUCUCCUGUUUUAACUUCUGACUCUGUGGGCAAGAUGCAUUUGCCCAAGGAGUCAGCUGAAAACAAUUCUGAAAUUAAACAAUCUAAUCCAGCUAAUGAUGUGCAUGAGAAGAAUUAUUUUAUGAGUGGAGUGGAGAAGACUGAUGAAGGGAACCCUUUUCACACAAGCAUAUCCAAAAACAAGAAAGAGUUGAAUGUGCCCCAACAAAAUUUGAGACAACUCACUGGCAAAGCUGACCAGUUAACCAGCACAGUGACCCACGAACCGGCUCGUCGAGUUUCAAGGAGAAACUUUAGGAAAAGUGUGAUCCCUAUAGGCGUUGACUUGAAAAACAAAUCAUCUCAGAAGCAAAAACCAUGUGAAGAGUUACUGAACAAAAACAGCAAUCCUGAUGUUGAACUAGCUUACAGAGAUCAACCAUACCAGCUAGUAACAGAAAAAAUAGAUGACAAAGAGGUAGAACUUGAAUGUUCUGAGUUUCAGGAUUCCAGUGCACAAAGUCUCAAGGUUGAAAUGAAGAACAUCACAUGUGAAUUACCUGCUAGGGAUGUUUCUCAUAGGGAUCAAAGAUUGGCUUCUGAUGCUAAUGUCAUGAAAGAAGACACAUUGCCUGUCGAUCAGAUUGGAAAAAGUGAUACCUCUGAAAUUCAUGUUAACUUGAACAAAUAUAGUGAUAGGAAAGAUCAUUGCAAUCCAUGUCGGCGGGCUUCAAAGCGACUUGCUGGAUUAGAACCAGAGGUGACGACCAACUCGAUAGUCUGCAAAAGAGCUCCUGAAUAUAAGAGUAGAAGGCCUAAAGGUAGAAUCAAUGCAGCUUUGCGGCAAACUGAGGGCGGGUUGACUGUUGAUCGUGCAGAUAAUGCUUCUACCUAUAUAAAUAUGCCAUUAAAUAGGGAGGCAUCAAAUAAAAACUUAAAAUCUCCUGAAAUUCUACCCAUUACCCAUGAGCAACCAGAAAAGCAUGGAAAUGAAGAAAUAGAUUAUGAGAAAUCAGAACCUCAGCAGUCCAUUGCUUCCCAAUACUCUCGGUCUGACCCAUGCUUGGAAUUUGCAAUGAAGACUCUUACUGGCGAGUUACCCGUUGAGAAUUCGAUUGGUGAUGGACCUAAUCUGGCUACUGAUGCCAUGUUGUUUGACGGUGCUAAAGAAAGCAGCAGUGAGAGAAAUGUGCAGGUGAAUUCAAAGAAAUUGAAGAGCAAGGAAAAGCUUAAAUUGCCUCGUCGGUUGUCAAGGAGACUUGCUGGCCAUAAGCCUGAGGUAAUGCCUGCUUUAAGAGCUGUAGAAUAUGCUACUAGGAAGUCAUGCCAAGAUAAAUCAACUGCAACUGUGUUUUUGAAAAAUGGAGUUUCUCAGCUAGUUGGUGCUGGCAAAGAAAUAGAGCUUACUCUUGAUGCAUCUAACAAUUUGUUAAAAUCAAAUGUGCUUGGUGAAUCAUUGAACAAGAGUGAAACGUCAUAUGAAGUCCAAAAUUUUCCAGAGUAUCAGCAGCAGAAGCUUGAAACUGACAGCUUGGAAACAAGAACACUUAAAGAAACAUCGGACAGGAGUGAGGAGCUAUAUGAAACCCAAACGGUUGAUGAAUUGAAUGAGAGUGUGAAAUUAUUUGAAACCCUAAAUAUUCCCACGGAGCAACAGCAAGAGCUUGAAACUGUGAUGAGUUCAGAAGCACAGCUUUGCUUAGCAGAUGGGGAAGAAACUGAGCGUACACUUCGUGCAAGUGCCAGUUCAAAAACAGAAGUGCUUAAAGACACAUCAAACAGGAGUGUGAAGUCAUAUGAAUCUCAAACUAUUGAAGAAUUGUUAUGUGAAGACCAAACUGUUGCCAAUGAGCAACAGCAGAAGCUUGGUGGUUCGAUGUCAGAGCCACAAACGUGCUUAGCCUAUGAGCAGUUUUGGUCAGAUCCUUGCCUAGAAUUCGCAAUCAAGACCCUAACAGGUACAUUACCAGUGGAUGAUGCUGCCAACGUUUUGCCAGUUAUGACUACUGAUAACAAUGACCAAACAGACAAGGAAUUGCUUGACGGCGUGGUAAAGAGUCCCAGAGAAGGAAGUCAUGAUAACUUGAACCAAUCUGAAAAUGAUAAACUCACGAUGCCUAAACAAACUCAAUUGAGGACCGGCUCCACAUUUUGCCAAAAUAGGGUGUCUUGUGGUGAUGAAGCUGAUUUAACUAGGAAUUUGAACGAAGGAGAGCCCCUUUGUAUGGAAGACGUGAAUACAACAAAACUUCUGCAUCAAAGAAUUACUGGAAGCACAGUUAUCCAUGAAGAGCUACCGAAGAAAAUCCCUCAAGUUCUUGAUGUUGAAGCUGUUCCAUCUGAGCAACCACAACUUGAAACUGAAAUCAUGAGCCAUGAGAAGCCUGAGGCUCAGUUUCGUUAUCCAUUUAUGGAUUCUUGGUCAGACCCAAGUCUGGAAUUUGCAUUCAAGACUCUAACAGGUGCCAUAACAAUAGAGGAAGAUUUACCAACUCAAGGAUGCUUGGAGGAAACUGCCAUAUGGAGUGGCCAGAGGGACAGUUACUCAUCGUUGCCAGAUUUUGGACCUACCAGCUUUUCUCAAAGUGAUAUAUCAUCCUACUGCAAUAUGGAGGAGAGGUCCAUUGCAGAGCAGCAGCCACAAACUAGCCUUGGCGCAGAGGUUGAUCCUCAGAAAUACCAUUCUCAUUGCAAUAGGAAAAUUUCAAGGUAACUUCCUCCCAAAAAAAAAGGAAAAAAAAAAAAGAACCAAGAAAGAAAGGAAGUUUGUGUAGCCCCUGAAUAACUAAGAUUCAUUGUUGGCCAUCUAUGAAUUGUCAUUGCUCAUCUUGAUGUAGUUCUUGUAACAUAGUAGGGACUUUUAUUUCCUGAACAGGUAUGUUUCAACUAGAUAUUCUAUUUUGUAUGUCUUGAAGCUCCAUAUAUUAAGUAUAUCCACACAAAAAAAAUGUUUUAUGUAUUAAACAAAGCAGGGACGCAUGAUAGUGCAACAGCUGUUCGAUC